AUGACACCGGCCAGCCUGAUGGAGGCAGGCCGGGACCCUGGCAGUGACUCAAGGCCUGCAGAAGUCAGGGACAGUGGGAGCAAGGCUGGCUCCGAGCCCUCCUCGGGGUGGAGGAGGAGCCUGCAGCCAGCCCUGAGGGUGAGACGCUUCUGCAGGGAGCACGCACAGCCGCUUCAAUGGAUCUGCACAGACCUGCUAUGUACUGCAUUUGCUGCCUUCCUGCUGAUGGCCUGCCUCCUGGAUUUCCAGAGGGCCCUGGCAUUGUUUGUCCUCACCUGUGUGGACCUCAUCUUCCUGGCCCACAACCUGCUGAAGAGGCUGCUGGGGCCAAAGCUGCUGAGGUGUGUCAAGCCUCUGGGGCAUCCCGGCCUGAACCUCUGGUUUAAGAGGGAGCCCUUUCUAGCCCUUGCUGCUUUCCUGGGCCUGAUCCUAUGGCUGGUUCUGGACACCUCUCAGCGGCCUGAGCGCCUGUCCUUCGGAGGAAUCUACAUGUUCAUCAGCCUCCUCUUUGCCUUCUCAAAGCAUCACCGCGCAGUGAGUAUCCUGGCGGGCUCCCAGGGGCUUGGACUACAGUUUGCACUUGGACUCUUCGUCAUCAGAACAGAACCAGGAUUUAUUGCAUUUCAGUGGCUGGGCCACCAGAUCCAGAUCUCCCUGAGCUACAGGUCCAGCUUCUUGUCUGAGGAGGCUCUGGUCAAGGAUGUCUUUGCAUUUCAGGUUUUGCCCAUCACUGUUUUCUUCAGCUGUGCCAUGUCAGUUCUCUACUAUGUGAGCCUCAUGCAGUGGGUGAUCCUGAAGAUCUCCUGGCUGAUACAGGCCACCAUGGGCCCCAUGGCCACGAAGACCCUGAGUGUGGCUUGAAACAUCUUUGUGAGCCAGACUGAGGCUCCUCUACUGAUCCGGCCCUACUUGCCAGACAUGACACUCUCUGAAAUCCACGUUGUCAUGACCAGAGGCUACACCACCAUUGCCAGCAGCCUGCUGGACGCCUACAUCUCCUUUGGGAUCGAUGCUGCUUCCUUAAUUGCUGCCUCUGUGAAGGCUGCCCCUUGUGCCUUAGCCCUCUACCCGGAGGUGGAGGAGUCCAAGUUCAGGGGUGAGGAAGGAGUGAAACUGACCUACAGAGAUGCUCAAAACCUCUUAGAAGUAGCUAGCAGUGGGGCUGCCAUGUCCGUGAGGGUCGUGACCAACAUCGCAGCCAACCUGAUUGCUUUCCUGGCUGUGCUGGCCUUCAUCAACGCUGCCCUCUCCUGGCUGGGAGACGUGAUGGACGUCCAGGGGCUCAGCUUCCAGGUACAGCUCAUCUGCUCCUAUAUCCUGCGGUCAGUGGCCUUCUUGAUGGGCGUGGCCUGGGAGGGCUGCCCGGUGGCGGCUGAGCUGCUGGGAAUGAAGCUGUUUCUGAACGAAGGGCGCCGAGGAGUGGGCCGGUUCCAGGAAGCAGUGGUUCUCUGUCAGAGCAGAAAUACGACGUUUGCCCUCUGUGGAUUUGCCAACUUCAGCUCCAUUAGGAUCAUGCUGGGAGGCCUGACCUCCAUAGCCCCCCAGCAGAAGAGCAACUUCUCCCAGAUCAUGCUCCGGGUGCUCUGCACGGGGGCCUGUGUGUCUCUGGUGAAUGCCUGCGUGGCAGGGAUCCUGUACAUGCGGGGAGCUGAGGUCGACUGUGUGUCCCUCCUGAACACGACCCUCAGCAGCAGCAGUUUUGAGGUGUACCAGUGCUGCCGCCAGGCCUUCCAGAGCACCGACCCAGAGUUCACCCUAGAGGCCCUGGACAACUGCUGUUGAUUUUAUAACCACACGAUCUGUGCAUAG